AUGUUUUCAAGCAGACGCUGCAUUUUAAAAUUUCUAGUUCCUUUGUUUCUUUGCUGCUACAUCGCAGCGCGUCCAUCUUUUCGUCAUAAACGCAGCAUCUAUGGCUUAGACUCAACUGGUCCUUAUUUACCGCCUCCAUUCGGGCCAGUACCAUUUGCUCCCUUUGGCUUGGGUUCUCCAUUUGCACAACCGCCUUUCGCUUUGCCCUAUCAUUCGUAUGCGCCACCGCCCUAUGCCGCACCGAAUUCGUAUCCUUUACCACCAUUUUAUCCACCGCAUCCCUAUCAAAAUCCAAUAUUUGCACCAUCAUUUCCGUCGCCACUAUAUCGGCCACCACCAUAUUUUCCACCUGUUGUCGCACCUGUAGCACCGAUUGGUCCACCGCCAGCACCUAUCAUAGUGCCCGCAAAGACAGCUGCAGCAUUGAGUAUUGCUUCAAUAAUUCAUGCCUUCAUUGCCCGGAAAUUCUAUCCACCUGUGCUGCCAGUGCCUAUUGCUAGACCGGUGCCAUAUCCGGUCGCUGAGAGGAUACCAUUUCAACGGCAUGCUCCUGCAACAAUUUUACAACCGAUUUCUGAAAAAGCAGCUGUUCACAAAACAUUACCUGAAAACAUUUGCAUUCAAAAUAUAUCCGACAUAGUAUUGGAAAACUCAAUUUUCGAAGAUAUAACGUCUACAACAGAGGCACCAUGGCAGCCUACACUAAUCCCAAUAAGCCAAUAA